AUGAGGAGUAUAAUGAUGACAAUGAUGGCGAGGAAAAUCGACAAUCUCCACAACAGCAGGAAGAAAUUCCUCAACCGGAUCAAACCCCACCGGAAGAACCACUUCAACCGGAACAAACAGAAGACGCUGAAGCAAUGCCUUCAGAUGCACAUGUCUCUUCUUUUGCACCGGUCAUGGUACUCCAUUAAGGAGCAUGCGCUGCUGAGUGGAUUGGAUUGUCAUGACUACCCUAGCAACUAUGGGGAGCUGAAGGACAAGGAUGCCGGCGAUUUCAAGUUUGUUGAAAAGUGGUUCAAGAGAAGGACCAAUAUUACCAUAGCAGAUGUGAAGAAGAAGCUACGAAAGUGA